AUGAAGCUUCAGCAACAGAGCGAAACACUCAGUUCUCUGUUCGAGGAACUGAAGAAGAUCAAGCAGAGUAUCAAGAAAGCAGCUCCCGAUAUCCCGUCGAUAUCAAUGUUCAACCAGGAUAGGGUUCUUGUCGAAGAACUCUCUCAACUGUCAAUCUCGCAGAGAAAUAUUGCUAAUGAGCAUGCACUCCUCAGAAGCCUGACAUUUCCAUGUCGUUCAUUGCGACAUUUCUCUAUUCCAGAAGCGCAAGCACAGACAUAUGAAUGGGCGUUUAAGGACUCUAGCUCCGUUGAGGGAGGCAUGAAUCCAGCAUCCAGAGACCAGGACAACAGUGGAACUCAACCACGAGCGGGAAUCAUUAAAUGGCUCCAGUGGGGCACGGGAAUAUACUGGGUUUCGGGGAAACCAGGUUCUGGCAAGUCAACAUUCAUGAAAUAUCUUGCAGAUAAGCUUUUGACCCUCGGCCGGCUUUCUAAGGCGUCGCAUGCGGGUGUAGACAAGAGCAUCAUCGUGUCGCAUUAUUUCUGGAACGCCGGCACGCCAAUGCAGAAGUCAGAAGAGGGCCUGCUCCGCACAUUGCUUUAUGAGAUUUUCCGACAAUGUCCGGAUCUCAUCUCUCGCGCUUGUGACAAGGAAAUAUAUCAUGAUGGGCUGCAUAUGGACCAGCGAACCCCUCUCUGGUCGCUCGCAGAUUUGCACUCAGCUCUCCGUCGCAUUGUACACGCCCAAGGACUGUCUACUCGGAUCUUCUUCUUCAUUGACGGUCUAGACGAAUAUGACGGGGACCACUCCGAAAUCUGCAAAUCUCUGAUAAAAUUAUCGACAUCUCCGCAUAUCAGCCUCUGUUUGUCCAGCCGCCCGUGGUGCGUUUUCGAACAAGCAUUUGGCAAGGGCCCAAAGCUCUAUAUGCAGGACUUGACACGAGAAGAUAUCUUGCAGUAUUGCAAGGUCCGGUUAGAGACUCACCCUGAGUGGCUCUCUAUUGCUUCGGAGCCAGAGAGGCGCACUAUGAUAUCGGAGAUCGAGAAUAGGGCUAGUGGUGUAUUUUUAUGGGUGUUUCUUGUUACGCAACAACUUCGACAGAGUCUCACGAACCGGGAUCCGUUUUCAGAUCUGAAGCGACGACUGGAGACCUUCCCAGUUGAACUUGAGGCCUUUUUCAAAAGAAUUCUUGAGUCGGUGGAUCCUUUUUAUGCGGAAAAGAUGUCGACUUCACUUCAAGUGGCAAUAAGUGCCUCAGGGCCCCUCCAUGCAACAGUUUAUGACUUCCUCGAGCAGGAAUACGACGAUGAAGAUUACGUUUUAAAAAUGCCGAACAAGAUAUACUCCAGCAAGGAAGUAGCUGAUAUUGCCCAGAGAAUGGCCUGGAGACUAAACAGCAGAUGUCACGGCCUGCUUGAAGUCAACGCGGGAUAUGGCUUGGUGCAAUUUCUGCACCGAACAGUGAGGGACUUUUUGAAGACCCGAGACAUGCACGACUUUCUAGUCGCGAAGCAACCUGUCAAAUACAACAUUCACCUAUCUCUACUGAGGGCAUAUACUGCAACUGCCAAAACCACACAAUUUGACAUGCCAAUGAUCCGUCUAGGGUUCGGGCGAUACAGCACGCCCCCUGAUGCAAGCAGCGACAAAGCAGCAACUCCAAUCACGGCGCCACACACUCCGUCGAACGAGCAUCCGUUGCAAAACUUGAUAGACCUGUCUCUGUCAGCCUUCGAAGAGCUUGAAAUAUCGCAUCCCUCAGAUUUGCGAGGCCGGAAGGUUAUCGAUGAGCUCGACAAAACCUUACUGGACUCACCAUGCCUCAAUGGGACUCAUUGUUGUUUCAGAGAGCAGAUCGUUUGUCGACGACUAUUGUCUCUCAUUCACUCGAGGGUCGAGAAUGAUUCGCGGUAUCUUUCGGAUAUGCCGACAACGUUCAUCACUUGCUUGCUCAAUGGAGGAAGUAGCACGCUGGGCUUUUUAAAGACUGACAGAAUGUGGGGGCCCGACGAGAUUGACCUUCUACGCUGCAUUAUCGACACCCAAACGCUAGACCUGACUGGCUUCCAUGACGAUCCCACGGUCACAAACCGUUGGUCAUUACUGACGCUACUACUUGAAUACUUUACGUCAUGGAAUGCGGCAAUGGACUCCCUAGUCGAGAGACACUUCUGGGCGCUCAUGGACAAUGGUACUUUGUCACGACUCCUGAAUAAGGCUGGUGACCGAAGCUCAGGAAGUGACGUUUUAUGGGAAUGGCAAGCUCAGCACAUACUCGACGGCUAUUUGAGACUUGCUUUUGAGGUACGAUUCAUCCCUUCUAAAGAGCCGGUCUAUCUCCAAGUUCUCUUUGGCCUUGUGGAAUGCGAGGCUUGCCUCGUAAGCUGCCUCCCAGACUCCAACGCAUUCUAUGAUGAAGACAACAUUGGCUUCUCGAAGCUUCUUGCUAGGGUUUGUUUGGAUGGAGUCUUAGAUCGCCUGCAAGCCAAACCUGGUCGAGAUAGCAACUUUCGCCUCCUCUUCGGCGUGAUCAAUAUCCUUCUUCAAAGAAUCAAUCAGCUUUCAGCUGUACAGAGAGAGGACUUACAGCGAAUAGCAACAAUGAUCCAGGCGCUCUUUCCAAAACAGUUUUGUGAGAGACUGCGAAGUCUGCAUCCAGACAUGCCAUGGGGAGAGAGUGGCAAAAGGGGAGGCGAACCACUGGAAAAUGAGAGAUACAAAGUGAAGAAGCUGGUCGAUUAUGACUCCGAUGACACGGGAUGA